AAAAUGAAACGGAUGGAGUAAGGUUUUUUCAACUAAUGUUUUGCUAAUAUUUUAUCUCUCGCUCAAUUCGCUUCCGGAUAUAAAAAUGCCCACUCAUUCAUCUCCUCAAAGGAAAGUAACAAUCAAAAGAAAAGUAAGAAUGAGAGGAAAAUAUUUUUCUUUACUAAUAGUGUUCAUUGUCUUGGCCUUCAAUGGAGUUCUUGCCCAGAACAAUUCUUCAACGCCUAAAUUAAGAAGAAGUGAUUUUCCAGAAGAUUUCAUUUUUGGGUCUGCAACAUCUGCUUACCAAGUUGAAGGAGGUGCUCAUGAAGAUGGUAGAGGACCAAGUAUCUGGGAUACCUUCUCUGAAAAAUACCCAGAGAAGAUAAAGGAUGGUAGCAAUGGGUCUGUUGCAGAUAACUCUUACCAUCUUUACAAGGAAGAUGUGGCUUUAUUGCAUCAAAUUGGCUUCAAUGCUUACAGAUUCUCAAUCUCGUGGUCGAGAAUAUUGCCUCGUGGGAAUCUAAAAGGAGGAAUAAACCAAGCUGGUAUUGACUAUUACAACAACUUGAUCAAUGAGCUUUUGUCCAAAGGAAUUAAGCCUUUUGCCACCAUGUUCCAUUGGGACACACCACAAGGUCUUGAAGAUGCUUACGGUGGAUUCCGUGGCUCAGUGAUUGUAAACGAUUUCCGUGAUUAUGCGGAUAUUUGCUUUAAGAAUUUUGGAGAUAGAGUGAAGCACUGGAUGACACUGAACGAGCCAUUGACAGUGGUGCAACAAGGCUACGUCGCAGGUGUAAUGGCUCCAGGAAGAUGCUCCAAAUUCACAAACCCUAACUGCACCGCCGGAGAUGGAGCCACCGAGCCUUAUAUCGUCGGUCACAACCUUAUCCUUGCUCACGGAGCCGCCGUCGAGGUCUACCGGAAAAAAUACAAGGCAUCUCAAAAGGGUCAAGUUGGUAUCGCUUUGAACGCGGGGUGGAACUUGCCCUAUACAGAAUCGGCGGAAGAUAGGUUAGCUGCGGCACGGGCCAUGGCCUUCACAUUUGACUACUUCAUGGAGCCACUCGUGACCGGUAAAUACCCUAUCGACAUGGUGAACAACGUAAAAGGCGGUCGGUUGCCUACUUUCACUGCACAACAAUCUAAGAUGCUUAAGGGCUCAUAUGAUUUCAUUGGCAUCAAUUAUUACUCUUCCACUUACGCAAAGGAUGUCCCCUGCUCCACCGAACAGGUUACAAUGUUCUCUGAUCCUUGUGCCAGUGUCACAGGUUCGUUUUUGCUUCAUCCAACAUCUUUUUUACCAUUUUACAACAAAAUUAAUCGAAUAUUUAUCCGUGAAAAAAAAAUGUUAUUAGGUGAAAGAGAAGGUGUUCCCAUUGGUCCAAAGGCUGCAUCAGAUUGGCUUUUGAUAUAUCCAAAGGGUAUUCGUGAUCUUGUCCUCUAUGCAAAAUACAAGUUCAAAGACCCGGUCAUGUACAUAACCGAAAACGGGAGAGAUGAAUUUAGUACGGACAAAAUAUUCCUCAAAGACGGCGAUAGAAUCGAUUACUACGCUCGACAUCUCGAGAUGGUUCAAGACGCAAUCUCGGUGGGAGCCAACGUCAAGGGAUUUUUUGCGUGGUCUUUGUUGGACAACUUCGAGUGGGCAAUGGGAUACACCGUCCGGUUCGGGUUGGUUUAUGUGGAUUUCAAAGAUGGAUGUAAGAGAUACCCCAAGAAAUCGGCUAAGUGGUUUAAAGAGUUGUUGAAUCCAAAGAAAAGCAAUUGAUGGAAACUAUAAUAUUCCGUUUUAUUAAUGUCGAUGUUACUUUGAGAGAGUUAUUACCAUUUUUCUCAGUUGGAAAUAAUGAGCAAUGUUUUUUUUUUUUGGGCGAAGCAAUGGGUUUAUAUGUUUAGUUAUUUAUACAACGGGGUGAUCGGUUGAGAUU